CCGCCGCCCCCUCCUCCCCGUUCAGGAGUCGUCCCGGCUGGAGCGUGUCUGGAGGAAUCCGCCGCCGCGGGGCCCCUCGCCCGGUUCUGCUGGUCCUGAGGACCGACCCGGGCGCCGCCGGGCGUUGAGCAGGGAGCCGGCGGCGAGGCGGGAGAUGGUGGGGUGGGCUCCGGCAGGACCGCGCCGCCGCUGCCCGGAGCCUGGGCUCGGCACCCCCCCGCCGGCCCCCACCGAGCGCAGCCCUGCUUCCUCCUCGCCGCAUCCCUGAGGGAAGCGCCGCCUCUGCUCCCGGUUCUCCGCCCGCCGGCUCCUUCCUGGCCGGACCCCGCCGCGCUCCACCCCAGUGUCCAGAGGAGCCGCUCUCCGCUCAGCCUUUGCAGCCCCCUUCUUUUUCUCCCUUUUCCACCCGCCGCCUCGGAGGAUCCCUCGGCCGGGCGCUGAGGUGGGGGAAGAGGCUGGGGUCGCCACGGCGGAGGUUGCUGCCGCCACCCCCCUGCGGGGGUGGCCGGGGUUCCCGGCUGGGGGGGCACCGUUCAGGGUGAGGCGUCCACCAUGGUGAGGCCCCUGAGCCGCUGCCCCCGCGCCCCCCCGGCCGCCGCUGCCUCCUGCCCCUCGGUGCUGCUGCUGCUGCUCCCCCGCCUGCUGUUGCUCCUCCAUCUCCAGAUCGGAUCACGGUGAGGGAAAGAUGAGCGAGGAGACGGCGACUUCUGACAACGAUAAUAGUUAUGCACGAGUGCGAGCUGUGGUGAUGACCCGAGAUGACUCAAGUGGUGGAUGGUUACCACUUGGAGGGAGUGGACUAAGCAGCGUCACUGUCUUCAAAGUCCCUCAUCAGGAAGAGAAUGGCUGUGCUGACUUUUUUAUCCGUGGAGAGCGACUCAGGGACAAAAUGGUGGUUUUGGAAUGUAUGCUUAAAAAAGACCUCAUUUAUAAUAAGGUCACUCCAACAUUUCACCACUGGAAGAUUGAUGACAAGAAGUUUGGCCUUACCUUUCAAAGUCCUGCUGAUGCUAGGGCUUUUGAUAGAGGCAUUCGAAGAGCUAUAGAGGAUAUUUCUCAAGGAUGCCCUGAAGCAAAAAAUGAAGCUGAGGGAUCAGAUGACUUACAAGCAACUGAAGAGGAUACUUCCAAUUCUCUAGUAAAGGAUCACCUUUUCCAGCAAGAGACGGUUGUUACAAGUGAGCCUUACAGAAGCACAAAUGUGAGACCUUCUCCCUUUGAAGAUCUGAAUGCCAGAAGGGUCUACAUGCAAAGCCAAGCCAAUCAGAUAACGUUCAGUCAGCCAGGCCUAGAUAUUCAGACCAGAAGUAUGGAAUAUGUACAGCGGCAAAUGUCCAAGGAAUGUGGAAGCCUCAAGUCCCAAAAUAGGGUCCCUUUGAAAUCAAUCAGACAUGUCAGCUUUCAAGAUGAGGAUGAGAUUGUCAGAAUAAACCCUCGAGAUAUCUUAAUACGUCGUUAUGCAGACUACAGACAUCCUGACAUGUGGAAGAAUGAGUUGGAGAGAGAUGAUUCUGACUCUAAUAUUCACUUUCCUAAGCCAGACAGUAAAAAAUCAGACUAUCUGUACUCUUGUGGGGAUGAGACUAAGUUAAGCUCACUCAAAGACUCUGUGGUAUUUAAGGCACAGCCUUCUUCAUUAAAAUUUAAGAAGUCAAAACGAAGAAAAGAGGAUGGUGAACGUUCUCGCUGCGUAUACUGCCAGGAGAGGUUUAAUCAUGAAGAAAAUGGCAGGGGAAAAUGUCAAGAUGCUCCAGACCCUAUUAAAAGAUGCAUAUAUCAAGUUAGUUGCAUGCUCUGUGCAGAGAGUAUGUUGUAUCAUUGUAUGUCAGACUCAGAGGGAGAUUUUUCUGACCCCUGUUCAUGUGACACUAGCGAUGACAAGUUCUGCUUACGAUGGUUAGCCCUGGUAGCUUUGUCUUUCAUUGUACCAUGUAUGUGCUGCUACGUCCCUUUGAGAAUGUGCCAUCGCUGUGGUGAGGCGUGUGGUUGCUGUGGUGGGAAACAUAAAGCUGCUGGAUGAAGUGAUCCAGUGCCAAAAUGAGCUUAAAAUCUUUGUUUCCAGGAAUUAGCUAACUUGGAUUUGGCAAGCAAUAUGGAAUCUUGCCUGAUAUCAUUGGGGCCACACGUGGAGGAAGCAGAAUUCGUCAGUUCUUGGCAUUUCACAAAUGCUAGCCAUGCCUAGCUUUUUCCCUUGAGUGCAUGGCAUGUUUUGUUACAGGUUGUAGUAUUUGCAGAAGGAAACCGUUUCUGGUUAUUGGCUAUUAAAAGUCAGCAUAAAAUAUCCAACUAAAAGGGAUUAAUUUUUGACAUUUUUGUAUAUUUAUGCAUUAGGUGAUGGGACUUUUAAAGGUUUGAAUUUAUUAGAACAUGAACUAAAAAGUGCACUAGGGAACAGUUGAUUUCAAUCUAAGAAAAGUUAACACUUGGGAAUUAUAAGUAAAACAAGUGCAACUAAUCAUUUAUUAGUUGUUUUUUGAAAGCAGUUUUAUGUAUAAAUAACAAAUGUUUAUAUUUAACUAAAUGUAAGGUACGAAUUAUUACAUAUUAAACUUUUCUUCCCCUUCCUAGUUAUGUAUCUACUGUCACAUUCCAUAUAUUUUGAAUAUUUAACUCAUCUUGUUAACGUUUUUAUUCUAUGUGAAUGAUUUGAUAUUUUCAUCCUCAUUUCUCUUUGGCUACAAUUUAUAUUGAGUUAUAUCUGUACAUUCUGGUAAUCUAAAAUCUUUAAAAAUAUUCUAAUAGCCUUGAGUGACCAACUUUUUUUAAAGCACAGUUGUAAUUGUCUAAUGUUCUGAUGGGAACGUAUCACUUAUUUUUAUAUAAAAAGAGACUGAGUAAACAUAGAAAAAAAGUGAGGUUUUUUUUAGUUGUUUUGUUUUUUUGUGGUAUUCCACCAGCAAGUUGUUUUCUUUCAGAGUUUCCUCCUUUAAAAAAUAAUACUGCAUUUACAAAUGUUUUACAAGGCAAAAAAGUGUAACUGGAUCGUUAUUGUAAAAGUUUCUUCAUGAGAUCUCCAUUUAUCAUUCUGCUAAGCCAGAAUAUGUUCAGCUGUGUUACUAAUUUUUUAGCUCAAUCCUCAGUGCUUAUUAUUUACAUAACAAUGAUAACUUCUCAGUUGCAUUUUAUUUUUAUUUAAAAUGGCCAAAAGCAAAAUUAUGUUAUGUUAAAAUGUGUGCUAAACUAUCCCAAGAAAGUAUUUAAUCCAACAUUGUGAAUGAAAUAUCUUGUACAUAUAAAUUUAUUUCUUUUGCAGAGCAUUAUAUUACUGGAUGUGUUUCACAAAGAAGCUGAGAAAAUGUUCCAACAAACUGUUCAAGUAUCUUGAGGUCACAUUUUUUUAAAUGUUAUAUUAAAACUCUAACCAAGGAAAGGGUUCUUUAAGAACAUUCUCUCAGAGGGAUAAAGUUGAGAAGUGUGCCUUUUUUUUUAAAUGGCUUGAAGUUGAAGUUUCACAGGUGAUAAAAAUUAAAAUCACACUACCAUUCGAAGCUCAUUUUCUAUGCAGGUUUUUAAAUGUCAUUUAUGUAUCAUUCUUUUUAUAUAUCACACUUAAGCUUGUGUUACCUUUCUUCUUUUGCCCAGAUCAAACUGAACAAUGUAUAUAACACUAUCUGUCUGUAAAAUACUUUUUUUUUUUUAAAGAAAACAUUUAUAUUUAUAUGACAGCUUGAACUGACAACAUUGUAUAUAUAGGUCAUCUUGAAGUAUUAUUUCACAUUGAAAAGAAGAAAAAUAUAUUGAUAACUAUAGAUGUUAUGAAGAGGAGGGCAUUUCUAGUUUUGUACUAAAAAUCAAUUGGAUGAACUAAAUCCAAAACAUGACACUGUAGCAGCAAUUUGAAGUCUUAUUUUUACUGUUUGUAUAUUUGAAUGCUGCUACUCCAGAUGAUCUUCAUCCCUGAAGUUUUCAGCUAAACUUGGUUUCCUAGAAUAGACUGUUAACUUUCAAAAUUACUUUCUAUUGGUGAAAUGGAAAUACUCGUUUCCUUGUGAAUGAAUUUUCAUAUUUGUAAGUGCUGAGUUUAUAAUUCAGGUUUGAGCAAGGUGUGAAUAACUGAAGAAAAUAACUUGCUGGCUAAAUAGGAAAAUGCUGUGGAAGUGAACUGUGUAUAUACUUCUGGGAAGAACAAAUUUAAUCAUUUCUUCUGUUAAGCACUAAUCAGUUUAGUGCAACUCCUGGUUCUGUACUGUAUUUUAUAUGCAACAUAUGCUUUAAUAUUUUAAUGUUUGUGCAUUAAUAUUUUCAAUUUGUUUAACCACUUUGCUGCUAAGAUUUUGCCGUCCCAUUCCCAUUUUUUCCUUUAUGAUUUUAAAUAAGUUUCUUCAUUAAAAACUAUGGUGAUGAAAUGGUUUUUAUUUCACCUUGGAUCUUUAUAGUUAAAACAACCACUUUCCAAAUCAGUCUAGAAGACUAACUAAUGAUAUACUGUUUUCUGAAUUCCUGUGUGGAAAUUUUCUCUUGAAUGAAUUAGAAUUCCUAUGUGAAAAUAAAUGGGUAGUUUAAAUCUCUGAUUUUUAAACCUGUACAGGUACAUUCAGGAACAUUUUCUCAUUCUCUUUACAAAUUGGGGGCUGCCUGCCCAAUUGGCUUUUCCUCCAAAACUUUUGUUUUUAAUCAACAAAACUGCUUAAGUAACAGUAAAUGUUGAAGGUGAAAUCUUCUAGAUAGCGUAACAACAAAAACUUUGGUCUGAUGAGCUUGUUUUGUUCAGAGUUGAUAAUUAUUCAAUGGUAUUUUGUCCUGGCUGGAAAAGGGGAAUUAUUUGGUUUCUGAAGAAAUAUGCGAUGUGGAGCUUCAGCACCACCUACUGGAUGCUUUCCAGACCGGAGACUGAGUUGGCAAUAGAGAUCUGACAGGGAUCUUCACUACCACUAAAGGGCUCUUUGGUGGCCUCCUCCUACCAGGGAAACCAGGAGUAAGGAGAUAUCUCAAAGGGUAAAGUGAUUCUUUUCUUUAAUGUGCCUUGUUGGCUCACUGAAAUAUUUUAAGCACUUUUUUCUUACAUAUCCUGUUUUAAAAUAUUUAUUGAUAUUUGGGACUGGUAGUCAAAUUUAAUGGCUGUGCUGAGACAUUUAUAGAACCAAUUCCUUUAACUCUCAAAAGCCAUUACCAAAACGAUACUCUUAUUUUUUCCUCCCAUUGCCAGUCUGGAGAAUUUUUUUAAAACAUCCCAUAAAUACCUGUAUUUCAUUUUGAAUUUUACAAAGUAUGUGUGAAUGUUUGAGAUAAAGAUGGGGCAGGGGGUAAAAUUUAAAGGAAAGACUCGAAACUACCUAUUUUCAUUGGCUAUUCUACAGUGCCUAAGAUGAGCUUUUGAAGUAAUACAAAUGCACUUUGAAUUCAUGUGUAUAAUGCCAUCUGAUAUCUUGGGUAAGUCUGGCUUUUUCUUUUUCCUCUCCCUUUCUCUCUUAAUUGAAUGGCACAAGAUGUUUCUUAAUUAAUAUCCACGUAGGUCUCCAGAGUACAGGAAACAUGCACUACUAGAUGGACAAUGUAAAGAAUUUUAAGGAUAUUUCUUUUGUUGAAAUUUACUUGCGUUUUUGUGAUUACACCUGGAAAUGUGUAUUUAAGAUUGGGGUUUUCUUGUUGCCGUUUGGGGCUGGGUUUGAACCCACCACCCUUGGUAUAUGGGGCCAGCGCCCUACUCACUGAGCCACAGGCACCGCCCUAAGAUUGGGCUUUUAAUGGUAGCCCAAAGGUGCAUUAAGCAAAUGUAGCAUUUUUCUACAUAAAACUUAGAAAAACUUUAAUUACCUGAGAACACAGGUUCUUCACUAAAUAUUACACUAAUUCUUGAUUUGACCUCUAUGAUCACAUUUCUAAGUAUAAAAGAAAGCACUAGAAACUUGGAUUAUUCUUGCACUAAAAAAUUAGGUUACAAAUCAUGAUAAUAAUAGCACUAUAAGGUGUUUCACAAACAUUUAAAAAAAGAAUUUUUUAUGAAAAGAAAUAACAACCUGAGGUGAUUAAUAUAAACCAAACCAAAAAGGGCUUUACGGUAGUAAGGUACUGUUUGCCUAGCAGCCAGGUGGUUAUAAAACUUUCAUAUGCUUUGGUACACUGAUAAAUGUUAGCCAUUGUUCCUGAAAGCUUCUUGAAUUGCAUAAAUUGUUAGUUUGCAGUUUUUCAAGGAUAAUCUAGUUGAAAAGCUUUGUAUUAAAAAUACACAGAGAUUUUUGUGAACAUU